AAAUUUCUCUGUGAUUGGUUGGUGCAGGAUUUCAAACCCGAGCCGGAGGCGCGGUGCCGCUCUGCCGUUGGGUGAGGCGCGGAGGGAAGUAAGAGGAAGGCGGCUCAAGUGGGUCCAGGCGGACCGGGCCAGGUGGGCGCUAAAGGCUGCGAGAACAGAAAGAUGGAUACGACGAUGCUGAAUUUGCGGAAUCUGUUUGAGCAGCUUGUACGCCGGGUGGAGAUUCUCAGCGAAGGAAAUGAACUCCAAUUCAUCCAGUUGGCAAAGGACUUUGAGGAUUUCCGUAAAAAGUGGCAGAGAACAGACCACGAGCUGGGGAAGUACAAGGAUCUUUUGAUGAAAGCAGAGACUGAGCGUAGUGCUCUGGAUGUUAAACUGAAGCACGCACGCAAUCAGGUGGAUGUCGAGAUCAAACGGAGACAGCGAGCUGAGGCUGACUGCGAGAAGCUGGAAAGACAGAUUCAGCUGAUUCGAGAGAUGCUCAUGUGUGACACAUCGGGCAGCAUUCAACUAAGCGAGGAGCAAAAAUCAGCUCUGGCUUUUCUCGGCAGAGGCCAGCCGUCCAGCGGCAAUGCUGGGAACAAAAGAUUAUCAACUAUUGAUGAAUCUGGUUCCAUUUUAUCAGAUAUCAGCUUUGAUAAGACUGACGAAUCGCUGGAUUGGGAUUCUUCUUUGGUAAAGACUUUCAAACUGAAGAAGAGAGAAAAGAGGCGCUCUAGUAGCCGACAGUUCAUUGAUGGUCCCCCAGGACCUGUAAAGAAGACUCGUUCCAUUGGCUCCACAGUAGACCAGGGGAAUGAAUCCAUAGUUGCAAAAACUACAGUGACUGUUCCCAAUGAUGGCGGGCCCAUCGAAGCUGUGUCCACAAUUGAGACUGUGCCAUACUGGACGAGAAGCCGAAGGAAAACAGGUACAUUACAACCUUGGAAUAGCGACUCCACCUUGAGCAACAGGCCUCUGGAGCCAAGGACUGAGACAGAGAGUUCUGGCACUCCACAGAGCAAUGGAGGGAUGCGCUUGCAUGACUUCGUCUCUAAGACGGUUAUUAAACCUGAAUCUUGUGUUCCAUGUGGAAAACGGAUAAAAUUUGGCAAGCUGUCUCUGAAGUGUCGCGACUGUCGUGUGGUCUCUCAUCCAGAAUGUCGGGACCGCUGUCCCCUUCCCUGCAUUCCUACCCUGAUAGGAACUCCUGUCAAGAUUGGAGAGGGAUUGCUAGCAGAUUAUGUGUCUCAGACUUCUCCAAUGAUCCCCUCCAUUGUUGUCCAUUGCGUAAAUGAGAUUGAGCAGAGAGGGCUGACUGAGACAGGCCUGUACCGGAUCUCUGGCUGUGACCGGACAGUGAGAGAGCUGAAAGAGAAGUUCCUCAGAGUGAAAACCGUACCCCUCCUCAGCAAAGUGGAUGACAUCCACGCUGUCUGUAGCCUCCUGAAGGACUUCCUCCGAAACCUCAAAGAACCCCUUCUGACUUUUCGGCUAAAUAAGACUUUCAUGGAGGCGGCGGAAAUCACAGAUGAGGACAACAGCAUAGCUGCCAUGUACCAGGCUGUUGGUGAACUGCCCCAGCCCAACAGGGACACAUUAGCUUUCCUCAUGAUUCACUUGCAGAGAGUGGCUCAGAGUCCAAACACUAAAAUGGACGUGGCCAAUCUGGCUAAAGUCUUUGGGCCCACCAUAGUUGCCCAUGCUGUGCCCAAUCCAGAUCCAGUGGUAAUGUUGCAGGACAUCAAGCGUCAGCCCAAGGUGGUAGAGCGCCUGCUUUCCCUGCCCCUGGAAUACUGGAGUCAGUUCAUGAUGGUGGAACAAGAGAACAUUGACCCCAUGCAUGUAAUUGAAAACUCAAAUGCCUUUUCAACACCACAGACUCCGGAUAUUAAAGUGAGUUUACUGGGGCCCGUGACCACUCCUGAGCAUCAGCUCCUCAAGACUCCUUCAUCUAGUUCCCUGUCGCAGAGAGUGCGCUCCACCCUCACCAAGAACACCCCCAGAUUUGGGAGCAAAAGCAAAUCUGCCACCAACCUAGGACGACAAGGCAACUUCUUUGCUUCUCCAAUGCUCAAGUGAAGCCCUGUGUCCUGUUGCUUGCCAGCAUUUACUGACUGCAAGGAAGGCCGCACCUUCUCUCCGCAGCCUCUUGUACUCAUUACUACUUUUAGCAUUCUCCAGGCUUUUAAUCAAGUUUAAUUGUGCACGGGGGUUUUAUUAAAACUAUAUAUAUCUC